UCCCCUUUCCCAUCACAAAAGAAAAACAUCACCACUCAUCGUAUCACCAAAAUAUGGAAAUAAAAUUAUGUUCUCUUCUUCCUCUUAGCCUUUGCUUUUUUCUCCUCUUUAAUUGCUGUUUUGCUCAAAUAGAGCAGCAGCAAGGAUUCUUAGAGGAGAGACUUCAGCAGCAACACCGGCGAGGCCGACCUCGAACCGAUUGUCGGAUCCAGAGCCUUAGUGCUCGGGAACCGACACGUAAGUUCGACUCAGAGGCCGGGUUCACCGAGUUCUGGGAUCGGAACUCGGAGGAAUUUGAAUGUGCUGGAGUUGCUGCUGUUAGGAAUGUUAUUCAGCCCCAAGGGUUGCUCUUGCCUCAUUACAAUAAUGCUCCUCAACUCCUCUACAUUGUCAAAGGAAGUGGACUUUUAGGGACAGUAAUUCCAGGAUGUGCUGAAACAUUUGAAUCACCACAAAGAGAGAGAAGUAUGAGGGGACAAGAAAGCAGAGAGGGAGAAAGCCAGUACAGAACAGGCGGUGAUCGCCAUCAGAAAGUCAGACAAUUCCGACAAGGCGAUGUACUUGCAUUGCCUGCAGGUGUCACACUUUGGUUUUACAACAAUGGUCAAGACCGCCUUGUUACUGUUGCCUUGCUUGAUACCAGCAACCCAACUAACCAGCUUGAUCAACAAUUCAGGCAUUUCUUCCUAGCUGGAAACCCAAAUCCCAGAGAACAAAGUGGAAGCAAGUACGAGGAAGAAAUCCGAGCUCGAAGAGAACAAGAACAAGGCGAACAACCACAACGUCGUCAAUCGGGCAACCUUUUUGAUGGAUUCGAACAAGAUCUCCUAGCCGAUGUUUUCAACGUGGACCAGGAGUUAGUCAGGAACUUAAAAGGCCGAGAAGAUCAAAGGGGAAGGAUUGUUCGGGCCGAGAAUUUCGAUGUUCUAAGCCCGGAAUUUGAAGAAGAAGAAGAAGAACAGCAAUCACACAGGCAAAGAAGAGAGCGUGAGCAUAAGGGAAGAAGAGGAUCACAGCCCAAUGGGCUUGAAGAAACUAUUUGCACUCUGAGGCUUAGAGAGAAUUUGGGCCGUCCAUCUCGUGCUGACGUGUAUAAUCCACGUGGAGGACGCAUCAGCACUCUCAACAGCCACAAGCUUCCAAUCCUCAAUUUUCUUCAGCUCAGUGCUGAGAGAGGAGUCCUUUACCAGAACGCAGUAAUGGCACCACUCUGGAACAUGAACGCACACAGCAUCCUCUACAUCCUCCGAGGAACCGGUCGGAUUCAGGUAGUCGGGGACGCUGGAAUCUGCGUGUUCAACGAUGAGGUCAGGGAAGGCCAGAUGCUCGUCGUGCCACAAAACUUCGCAGUAGUAAAAAAAGCAGGAAACCGAGGACUCGAGUACAUCGCGUUCAAGACAAACGAACAGGCCAUGACCAGCCCGUUAGCAGGGCGGUUAUCGGCUAUUCGGGCUAUGCCAGAGGAAGUUCUGAUGAACUCUUAUCAGAUAUCUAGGCAAGAAGCUAGGAGUUUGAAGUAUAAUAGGGAAGAAACAACUGUUUUUGCUGGAAGGAGGUCAUCAAGGGGAUAUUCAACUAGGGCAAUGGAGUAUGCUUUGACUGCUGUUGAGGCUUUUUUAAAAGCCUAAGUUUGUGUUUUGAAUAACAAUAGUAGUCAAGAAUGUUAAGUUUCUGAGAAUAAAUGAGUUGAGUGGUGGCUCUUUAAUAAGCUAAUGUUUGUUUCGAGUUAAUACGAAGCUUCAUAUUCUGUA